GUGGGGGGGGGUUCGGGAACACAAAGUUAUCUUUAACGGUAAACAUUUAACCGGUCAUUGACGGUUUGACGUCACUGAACCGGUCGUCUGCAGCCGCUGUCCGAGGUCCUGAAACUACGAACCCAGGUCCAUAAGAACCAGGUCUAUAAGAACCAGGUCCGGCUUCAGGAUCUGGUUUCCUGAGCCGGUCCGGUGCAGUCAGGCUGAGCAGAGCAGCAGAAUGAGCCAUCUGUGAACAGCAGCACUACAUCCCAAACAGGCUCUGUGGUCUACACAGCUGACUCUACUGAAGGAUUCAUUACUCACAUGUUUUCUCUGUGUCAGAUUGUGCUGUUGUGAUUCCCCAUCAUCCCAUCAGACACUAUGACGUCUUCCAUGCUCCGUCGACAGUUGAAGAACCUGGUCCAGAACUACUCUGAGGCUGAGGUCAAGGUAAGAGAGGCUACAUCCAAUGAUCCAUGGGGCCCUUCCAGCUCUCAGAUGGCGGACAUUUCAGACCUCACCUAUAAUGUAGUGGCGUGUAAUGAGAUAAUGACCAUGUUGUGGAAACGCCUCAAAGAUGACAAAAACUGGAGACACAUCCACAAGUCCUUGACGCUGUUGGAGUACCUGUUGAAGACCGGUGACGACCGUGUGCUAUUGAAAAUGAAAGACAACAUCUACAUUGUCAAAGCCCUCACAGAAUAUCGCUUUGUAGAGAAAGAUGGCAAAGAUCAGGGUGUAAAUGUAAGAGAAAAGGCGAAGGUUGUUCUUGUUCUUAUGGAAGACGAUGAAAAACUUAAAGAAGAAAGAGACUUUGCCUUCAAGACUAGAGAGAAGACAUCCAAAAGUUCCGCUGCGUCCUCAGCCGACACCAUCAAGGAUCCCAACUAUAAGCCGUGCUAUGUUCCUGGAGCCACUGGACUUCCAUCCUUAGACAACAUACCGUCGGUAGCUGACCUGACUGCCUCCUUUACUGCCCGAAAGGAGGAGCGUCUGCGACAGGAAGCUGAGAAGAAGGAGAUUGAGAGGAGGGCCAAUCUGAGUGAAGACGAACUGAAAUGGGAGGAUGCAAGCAAAGGCGGCAACGUUCAAGACAAUGCCUGGGGAGGACAGAAAUCAGGGGAAGAGGAAGCAAAACCAGACCCAUGGGGAGCUCCCAAAGAACCCAAAGAGGCAUCAGGUCCAUGGGGUAUGCCAUCAAGCCCUGACAUGAGCGACACACCAGCCACUAGUGAUCCCUGGGGGGCACCAACCAAGACUGGAGAAGAUCCUUUUAUUGCCAAAACUAAUGAAGAAGACCCUUUUGCAGCAUCAAAAGAUCAAAAUGAUGCCUUUAGUACAUCAAAAGAUGACCCCUUCAGUGCACCCAAAGACACGGAGGAUCCAUUUACUGCUAACAAUAAACCUGAUCCCUUCACUUCAGCAAACAGUGAUCCCUUUAGUGCCCCCAAGGACGAUCCAUUUAAUACACCAAAAGAUGAUCCGUUUAACACUCCCAAGGACGAUCCAUUUAAUACACCAAAAGAUGAUCCGUUUAACACUCCCAAGGACGAUCCAUUUAAUACACCAAAAGAUGACCCCUUCAGUGCGAAAGCAUCAACACCCCCUAAAGAGGACCCAUUUAGCAGCUCAAAGGAUGAUCCAUUUAACUCCCCAAAAGAUGACCCCUUCACUGCACCGAUAACACCACCUAAAGAAGAUCCAUUCACUACAGUUAAAGAUGACCCCUUCACUGCACCGACAACACCACCUAAAGAAAAUCCAUUCACUACAGUUAAAGAUGACCCCUUCACUGCACCGACAACACCACCUAAAGAAGAUCCAUUCUCUACACCCAAAGAUGACCCCUUCACUGCACCGACAACACCACCUAAAGAAGAUCCAUUCACUACAGUUAAAGAUGACCCCUUUACUGCACCGACAACACCACCUAAAGAAGAUCCAUUCACUACAGUUAAAGAUGACACCUUCACUGCACCGACAACGCCACCUAAAGAAGAUCCAUUCACUGCAGUUAAAGAUGACACCUUCACUGCACCGACAACACCACCUAAAGAAGAUCCAUUCACUGCAGUUAAAGAUAACACCUUUACUGCACCGACAACACCACCUAAAGAUCCAUUUUCAGUGGCAUCCAGCCCACCAAAAGAUGAUGUUUCCGAUCCUUUCGGUGCCCCUCCUACAUGCCCACCCACUGGCGACACAGAUGCAUGGGGAGCUCCUGCCACUUCUCCACCCGCUACAGGGACCGAUCCUUGGGGGGCAACAUCGGCACCCCAGGAGACUAAGGAUGGAGAUCCCUGGGGGGAAGGAACAAGUGCUUCUUCACCUGUUGAUAAUUCUGAUCCAUUUGGGGACACAUCAAGACCAGAUAAUGACCCAUGGGGAGCUUCAGCUUCAGCCAGAGCAGAUGAUGCAUGGGGUUCACUCAACCCUCCACCAGCCUCUUCCCCAUCUAAUGACCCGUUUGGAGACGGAGCAUCUAAAGGCAGCGACCCAUGGGUGGCACCAAGCUCCACCCCCAGCACCGGCACAGAAAACACCUUUUAGAGUAGAUCUGGACCUUUAUUUGAUUGCAGGAAACCAAACAGUGAAACAAGAGGAGUCGUACAGAAAGACUGCUUGGUUUUUGGGCUCGGCAGGGGCGUCGCUGGUUGAUUUGGAUGAUUUGUUUUCAUCCAAUCCCAAACCUCAACAACACCCCCCCAUCCACACAGCUGCUGCCCACACUCCAGCCAUCGGUAAGGGCAGGUAGACCGACACCACACGACACCGUACCAUUGAACUGGAAGGAUGCAUGAUCAACCUGCCAACCACUGUUGUAAUUAUACGGGUCCUUCUGGGUGUUUCCAAUGCAUUCCACCUUGUUUUGCUUAAUUCUUCAAUCCAAUGAGACUGAGGGAAGCAGAGGGGGGCAUAGACCUGCUGAGCAAUGUUACUGUGAUGUGUUUACCCUGAGCGCCCCCUCCCUGUGCUCUCACUGUAGUGUGUAGAUGUUGUUCUGUGACUGUGGGUGUCAGUGAACCGUUGAAGUGACCCUGUAUAAAGACCCUUCCUCUAGAUUAACCAUCACAUAUCCUCUCUGCUCUGUAUAAAGACCCUUCCUCUAGAUUAACCAUCACAUAUCCUCUCUGCUCUGUAUAAAGACCCUUCCUCUAGAUUAACCAUCACAUAUCCUCUCUCUGCUCUGCUGAAACACCCCCUCUUCCCCACCUCCCUUCAUUAUCUGUGACUCCUGCUGGUUUCCCAGGUACUCUGAAUGCCAGGGGGGGCGUGGCUUCAGGCCCCGUGGCUCAGUCCGUCCCUCCGUCACCAGCCCUGUCUGGGGGGCAUUUGGGUUCCAUCCUUACCCCCUCUUUUGGUGCACCUUGUGGGGCAUUUGGAGCCAGUCCUUCCAGUGACAGCGCUCUUUUCCAGCCUCAGUUCAAUUUCAUGGAAGGCUCCAGUGUGUUUCAGGCGGUCCCACAAACAAGAAGGGUGGUACAACCCAUGUCUGCGGCAUUCACUCCACACACAGGGUUUAACAUGAGCACCCCCUCUGUCGGAGCUCACAUAAUACAGUCUGGGUCUGGUUUUGGGAUCUUCUCAGCACCUCCCUCAAUCGGAGCAGGAGUUCAUCAAGCAGGAGCAGCUCCAUCGACAGAGGCUGGUGUCCACUUUCAGCCACUUUCAGAUAGUGAGAUGAA